AUGGCUGCUGGAAGGUUACUGCUGUAUGCUGGCCUCUCUUUAGCUCUGUGUGCCCUGGGCAUGCUGGCUGUGGCAAUCUGCUCUGACCAUUGGUAUGAAACUGAUGCCAGGAAGCACAGAGAGAGGUGCAAGAGCAUCACCACUAAGAGAAAUGAUCCUGGCUUCAUUUAUAACUCCAACAACAACCUGCCUCUCAGGGCCAGCAGGUCUAGGUUGGACCGCUGGGAAGGGAAACUCCUCUUGGCAAGAAACAGGAGGCAGAUCUUUGCUAUGAGCGCAGUCGACGAGUGCAACAGACAGUACAACUCGACCAACAUGGGGCUCUGGAGGAAAUGCCUGCGACAAGGAUUCGACCAAGAGCUGGAGGAGCUGAUUGCCAAAG